AUGUUUCUUGUGACAUUGUUGAUGAAUGACCAGCAGGCCUUAAACAUGAGGAAGAUCGUCUCCAUCCCAUGUCUGGAGAUGAUGUGGAAUCUAACGUAUGGGGAGGAAAUCCCAGACGAUUAUAUGGAAAAGGUCCACAACAAACUACUGGAGAUGUUUGCGAAAGGCGUCAAAAUACACAAUGGAUUAAAAUACUAUGGAAAUACAUACUAAAAAUGACAAAUUAUCGACAAUAUAGACUCGGGUGUUUUUUAAAUGUCAGACACCAUUUUCAAAAUGAGACUUAUAAAUUUUGUUGAUACGAACAACCAAGGCACAAACACCUCUGGAAUUUGAGUUCCUGAAUCUGAGCUCGGUAGAGGACGUCAUUUUCAUGGGCGUAAUAUAUGUAGUACAACCCCAACUCAUACAUAAUUUGUUCGAUUUUUAUUUUUAGUCAAACUGCUGAAACUAUGAUCUCUGGGGACCCUUCGGCUCAACCCAAUCAAAUUGAGACCAUCCUAUGGCUUGAUUAUCUUUAUGGUCCGUAUAUCGAAAGAACCGACCCGGGGAUUGAGGAUACUGAAGCAUUCACCUAUACGAAUCGACGCCCGUAAGGGCCAGCGUCAGAGCUCUGCUGGACGCAUACCAGGAUGGUAAGCGGAACCCACCAGUACCGUUAACAUCGCAACGGUACCCAUGUGUGUAACCCAAACUACAAUGACUUAAUCUACUAUAUAAGCUGCCCUCGAAAUCAUCGAGGAAGAGCUUCCACUCUCUUUAUACUCUUGUAGUUAUUCUCUCUAAUAAACUUUAUCUAACUCUCUAAAGUCGACCAUUACAAAAAGAUAGUGCUGGUUGAAAGGGGAUGGUUUUAGCCAAGGUCUUGUCUCCGCGGUUCACCUUGUUGAUUUGGCAUUGGGAACAAGAGCUGAUGUACUGUUUGAUGUCGCGAACCAUUCCGUCCCAGAAUACGCAUUUUUUGAGGUUUGCAAUACUUUUCUGUAGACCUUGAUUCCACGAUGACCACCUUGAAGGUGGUCAUCGUGGAAAUCAGUUAAUAUUUUUGUCCUUAAUUCUUUGGGAAUGUAAAUGCGGGAAAAAUCCCUUUUUUGUAAUGAUGCAAAACAUCAUCAAUAAAUCGAAAAUUUUUGAGUUUUAGUUUAAAUAAUUUAAGACGUCCUUUAGUAAGUUCCGGAAAAUUUUUGUUGUUGAUUGCGUUCGCAAUUUCUAUGCAGAUGGGAUCGGUUGGUUGAGCGGUUUUAACCGUUCUUUUUCUAGUGAGAAUAUGGAAAUAAUAAACAUGGAACGGAUCGUAAAGUAAUUCAAGUAUAGAAUUUUCAAUCGUGAAAUUUACAGUGUCAUAGCGCAUGCGACAGCCGUAAUACCAUGCAGAUAUCCCAGAGAUGCCUUAACCAGAGUCUAUGAGGUUCCAGCGAAUGCGAGGCAUCAUUAUCGUCGACGAGAUCAAAGCCCUAACGUCCAAAUCAAGAAAACAACUCUUCAAUCUCGUAAGUUUUUGCGUAAAAUUUUUGUCUUUCAAGUGAAACCGCUGGACCCAAAAAAAACUUAAACCUUCACCAUUGUGUCGCAAUGUCGGGACAAACAUUCAACUUUUUUGUUUGACUUUAAAUCAUUUUUUACCUAGCACCGAAAAAACGUAAUUGAUUUGCGUUUUCCUUGAUGAAGUCUCCGCUUUUGUCAACAAUAUUUGCCGAUAACGCUCAGCGUUGCGCGAUGAAACGCCCGCUAAAGAAACCCCUCAAACCGAAAGUUUGCCUAUGCAAUUUAAUACUAUAACAGUUCAUAAAACAAUUUUUUGCCGGCGUCCUAAAUUUUCAGUCGGGGUUUGUCGUAGGCCUCGAAAGUCUCCGCAAUAAACAUGAAAUGUAAUGAAAUAUGUGUUAGAGGUAGGCUGGCGCCAAGCGUAAGUUUCCUAGGCCGUUGUUUAGGAUAAUCCCGUUUAGUAGAUGGUCAAUAAAUUAGUUUUAUUUAUAGUUGUUGUAGAUGGCUUUUGUGGGGCCUGUAAGGCGGACGAAUAAGGCUUUUAGGGAGGUUAGCGGGUUCGGCAGGACUCGCUAGGUCGUAGAGCCGUAAAUAAUACUACUAAUUUACCCUAGUUUCGACAACAUGUAGCACUCAAUAAACAGAAUGGAAAUUUCCUAUCGUCAUAUUACUAAGCUAAUUUAAAUGCACUAUCAAAACCUAACGGAUGAACCGCUAUGGCUAAAGUCGCCUUUUCAAAGUUCAUAGAAAUCGAUAAGGAUAAUGAUUAUAUAUACUCCCCGUACAAUGUUUUGACCCCCCUCCUAACUCGGUCCAAGGUGUACUAAUUCGGACCAAAUUUGGUAUGUAGUAUACUCACAGGCUAGUAACAAAAAAUAACAUAGCAGGACGUACCUUAUAGUUGAAUUUCAAAAGCUAGGGGCAAUUUUCAAAAAUCACCUUAAAAAAUCGAGGAAAAAGUUUUGACCCCCCUUAACAAAAAGUUAGAUAUCGCCAGUGGAUGCCACGCAAACUUAUUGUAAUCGACGUCCCAUACCUGAAUACAGGUUAAUAUAUGGUUUUCCGUUGAAUGCUUCGUUGCAUUUGAGGAUUCAACGCGUUAAACCGUUUUUGAUGCAGAGCUGCCCAAAAUUGUAAAAAUCUUGUCCUAGCGCUUUCCUAGAGCUCUACAUUGGGUUUAUAUUAUGUGCUUUAGACCUGUAUUUACCUUCUCCUUUCAAUAAAAGUGCAUGGUGGCCUGGCGGUGUAGAUUCGGCAGAUACCCUCUUGUCAUGCCCAGCCUUGAUGAGCCAUUUGCUCUUUGACUCAAGGUCGAGAUGUGGUCGUUAGGUCCUUAGUGUAAUCCUGAGACUCCUAGUUACUCUCAGUAAUGUAAAAUGUUUUGAUUUGACACGUUUUGUAAUGGGUUUCAUUCACCUUAACCUUGACUUUGCCGUUACUGUAGAUAACCCCGAGUACUACUACAUCCCCAACUCCCAUUUGGCGUUUCAUACGUCUCAAAUGAGUAUGGUGGGUGCUGUAGCGUCAUAAAUUACCUGGUCCAUCAAAUGAAAGCCGUUUUUGGUGGCUAAAAAUCCAUUUGAAAAACGCGGGUUUUUCGUUAAGGUGCAGAUCGGCGAAGUUGCGCCUGCAAACCAUAGGAGACCGAGUCAGCCGGAGUUUAUUCUUUGCUUGAGAGUAACUAGGAGUCUCAGGAUUACACUAAGGACCUAACGACCACAUCUCGACCUUGAGUCAAAGAGCAAAUGGCUCAUCAAGGCUGGGCAUGACAAGAGGGUAUCUGCCGAAUCUACACCGCCAGGCCACCAUGCACUUUUAUUGAAAGGAGAAGGUAAAUACAGGUCUAAAGCACAUAAUAUAAACCCAAUGUAGAGCUCUAGGAAAGCGCUAGGGCAAGAUUUUUACAAUUUUGGGCAGCUCUGCAUCAAAAACGGUUUAACGCGUUGAAUCCUCAAAUGCAACGAAGCAUUCAACGGAAAACCAUAUAUUAACCUGUAUUCAGGUAUGGGACGUCGAUUACAAUAAGUUUGCGUGGCAUCCACUGGCGAUAUCUAACUUUUUGUUAAGGGGGGUCAAAACUUUUUCCUCGAUUUUUUAAGGUGAUUUUUGAAAAUUGCCCCUAGCUUUUGAAAUUCAACUAUAAGGUACGUCCUGCUAUGUCAUUUUUUGUUACUAGCCUGUGAGUAUACUACAUACCAAAUUUGGUCCGAAUUAGUACACUUUGGACGGAGUUAGGAGGGGGGUCAAAACAUUGUACGGGGAGUAUAGCAUACCGUCCUUGGACAUAACGGAGGAUUAGUGUUAUGUCUAAAUUUGACGGUAUCAGUUGUUAUGUGUCAUUAAACAACCCGCCCAUCUUCUGGUUAAGCUCAUUGGGAAUGGGACUCCGUACCUCGUGAUUUGUGAACAGUAACAGGCCGUGUUGCCUGGAGUAUUACAGAAAUGGACUCUGCCUUCCGCACUUAUUCCACUCUUCCCGACUAUUACAGCGAAACUGCACAAAAUCUCCAGACAAAAGCGAAAAAUUGAACCUCGAAGGUAACCGUGUGGCAUCGAUAACUCUGUUCGUAAGUAUCAUUUUUUCAGAUGACUCUGUUCGUAAGUAUCAUUUUUUCAGAUGAUGCAAAAUUGGCCAUUCUGGCCACAGUGGAAACAGUCGAUCUUCCGCCCGCCGGCCACCCCGGCGACCGCUAUCUUCUCAACGUUCGACCCCAGUAAGUUAUCAUUUUAAAGAUAAGUACGUAAACUACAGCCCCGGCCCAAAUUGGCGUACAUGCCAACCAACAAUUGGCCACCCCGUAAACCUACAUCCGGUUCCACACCUUUCGACGUGGAGCGCAGAUCAGCCGGCCGGGCAUCCAUCGGCCGCUGUAGGGCUUGGGAAAUGGGUAGAUUAG